UUAGACCUUAAUGUUGCUGGCUGUGUGCUGCUUCGAGCACUACCCAAAAUAUAACAGAACUGUGAAGCGUAUUUUAUUUCAUGCAGAGGCGUUUUGGGAUAUUUGUCUUCCUCUCUGAGAGUUUCAGAGGAAUACCUGAUAGGACUCGACAAAGAGAAAAAAAAAUCGUUGGAGAGAAUCAGUUCAUGUUAACCGUUUCAUUGGCUCAGUAUCUCUCUUGGACAGAAAUAAAAGAUAAAAGAUGGAUGGUCAGUAAGAGUAACUCAGUAGAGAAGUGAAGGAUCUAUGAUCAGAAGCUGAAUAUAUUCUCCAUUUUUGUACGACAUGGACCGUCGCCAUGUUUACUCAAUUCUACCCGGGAUCAAGGCAUAAUUAUCCAGAAAAGCCUACUUAUGUGUCCAGCGCUUUUUUCGUCUUUGGAAUAUUUAUCAUUUUUCAACUGCCAGAGGCUACAGGUUUCCCAGACAAUGACUGUAUGUAUCACCUCGAACAAGACGUUUUCGCGCACAGAAACACAUGUUACCAUGUCGUGAGCACUGGAAAAGACUGGCGUGGCGCUAAGGCUUUCUGUGAAACCCACGGCCAGGGAUUAGCUGAGGUCCAAGACCGAGAUGUCAUGGAAUUUCUUUCAAGGACACUUCAUGGUCUUCCCCAUAGCGCCGUGUGGAUGGGAGGGAGUGAUGUGAUUAACGAAGGCAGUUGGAUGUGGACCUCAGGCCAAGCUGUGACCUAUUUCAACUGGGCUCAGGGUCAACCGGAAACGAUUUGGCCUCGAUACCACAACGAGGAUUGCAUGGUUAUGAGGAAAACUGACGGAUGGAAAUGGAGUGAUUUUCCGUGUGCAGGCCGAUAUUCUUUGUUUCCAUUUAUCUGUCAGUAUGAGUGCACCCCAUGCGAACACGUGAAUACGUCAACCGACGCUGUCACAAGAGAAAAUUCGUCGCCUGGGCAGACGACUCACAGGCCAAAAGUUCUUGAAACAACCGACGGGGGUUGCUCUUACUUAUCUCAAGAAAUAGGAAUUAAGCGUUGCGACUUGGGUCUGAUUAUCGGUCUCACUGCCGCGGGAAUGUCAUUGAUUGCAGUCGUUCUCGGUGUCUCAGCAUUAAUACACAGCGCAAAGAAAGCACGUUGUAUUGCAAGUGAAAUGAAGUCCGGCCAGUUCAGACAAAGACGAGGCUCGGAGCGAAGUCAGGAGACGCAACGUACAGUAGAAAGGUCAACCAUUCGGUCAGUUCUGGGGUCCAUAGACCCAGUUCUCCAGCCUCCUGACACAACGAGAGUGAAAAGUCAGCACAAUUCGCACAAUCUCGUCUACCACAAUCCCAGCAUUGUGUUCCACACCAAAAGCAGCGGAGAGAACCCCCGCCGUUUUCACGACGUGUGCGGCAAAAACGUCCUGCAGUUGAAGUUGUUAGGCGCGCCAUCAUGGCCACUUUGA